ACAUGACGCGACUCUGCGGUGAGCACAGCUUCAUGGACUGCAGCGACAACGACUCGCAACGCAUCGUGGGCGCGUAUCUGACGGUGACGGUGAAGCUGAUCGAGUACUCGUACCCUCGCAAGGACGUCGUCUUCGACUGCAAGUUCGUCUCGGGCGACGCCGCGUGCGAAGACUUCGACUGCACCGAAUUGUGGCAACCCUCGUACACGCUAGCCUUCGAGACCGUGUGCCACACUUUCGACCUGGCCAGGAACCGCACCGGACAGCACCCUUACUGGAACUGCCCAACGCCUUGGAAGUACAGCAAGUAUCCCUCGACGGCUCUUCGUCUAUUGUUUUCUUUUUUUUGAGCGCAGCUCUUAGGACGUGCGUAGGCGUUGUCCCUUGUAACCGAGCGAAAGCGGAGCGCAGCGGUAGACGAAAGACGGCGAUAGCGAAGGAAGCGCGAACAGGAAAGCGAAGGAGAGAGAGAGAGAGAGAUAGUCUUGAUUGGGGGGUGAACGCCGGGGCUAAGUGCAGCGCGGUAACUGUCUCUCAAUAGAGGACACCUCAACCGCACUGCACAAGGGGGAAGGGAAAGAAAGGAGGUGCGUGCAGCGGGAACAUGACACGGAAAGCGGAGGAGGAGGGUAUUACGAGGCACGCCGUAGUGGAGGACUCCGGAUUAAUUUAGCAGUUGACGCCUCAUAGGUAACUCGUUUGGACGGUGGCAAAAUGUUGCGUCAGUCACUGUAAAUGU